CAUUAUAUUCAUACAAAGCAAUUCCUCUGAAUUAUAAGCUUCUCGCUUCUCUUUUCAAUCAAUCGCUAGCCUUAGUUCUCUCUUUUUAUUCGUUUGUUAACACAGAAACUGCAAAAAAUGUCGAAGAAAAUAACUCUGCAAGCAUCAGAUGGGCAGACAUUCGAGGUGGAAGAAGCGGUGGCUUUGGUGUCUGAAACCAUCAGAUUCAUGAUCGAAGAUGGCUGCGCCGAAAACGUUAUCCCUGUUCCAAAUGUAACCGGGAAGAUACUCUCUCUGGUUAUCGUGUAUGCCAAGAAACAUAACGAGACUACUGCUGCUGAUGAUGAAGAUAUUAAAAAUUGGGAUGCUGAUUUCUUGAAAGUUGACCAAAAAGUCCUCUUUGAUCUCAUCAUGGCUGCUAACUAUCUGAACAUGAAGGCUUUGCUGGACUUGACUUGUCAAGCAGUGGCUGAUAUGAUAAAGGGGAAGACAACGGAAGAGAUUCGUCAGAAAUUCAACAUCGCCAAUGAUUUUACAAAGGAGGAAGAAGAGGAAGUUCGUAGGGAAAACCAAUGGGCUUUUGAGUGUUGAUUCUGCUGCUGAUGCUCGCGUAUUAUUAUUAGUGAAUAGAAUAUGAUAUUAUCUUAGAUUUGCUUAAGAUCAUAGAAUUAAUACGGAUUUUCGGUAGUCGAAAACAGUUUCUGUGAGGAUUGUAGUUUGAUAUUUCAAGAUUUUAGUUGUGUUUUAUGAAUGUUUCUAUCACAAGAACUUAAUACAAUUUCUUUUGUUCUGUUUCA